CUCCCCCUCCCUCUCCCCCUCAGCGCAAACAGAUCGAUCGAUCGAUCGAUAUAUCUAUUAUGGGAAGGCCACCUUGCUGUGACAAGGAUAGUGUGAAGAAGGGGCCUUGGACACCAGAAGAGGACAUCCUCUUGGUCUCUUACAUUCAACAGCAUGGAGCAAGCAAUUGGAGGGCUGUUCCUGCUAAAACUGGGCUGUUGAGGUGCAGCAAGAGCUGCAGGCUCAGGUGGACUAACUAUCUCAGGCCAGGGAUCAAGCGUGGCAACUUCACUGAACAAGAGGAGAAGCUUAUCAUCCACCUCCAAGCUCUUCUAGGAAACAGGUGGGCAGCUAUAGCUUCUUAUCUCCCCGAGCGGACCGACAACGACAUCAAGAACUACUGGAACACGCACUUGAAGAAGAAGCUCCAGUACAAGCUCAAUGACACAAGCUCGGAGCACUGUGUGAACGUCGGGUUUGGAUUGCCGGCUGUCCAUCGGUCCAUGCCCAAAUCCAAAGGCCAAUGGGAGAGGUGCCUCCAAACAAAUGUGGAAAUGGCAAAGCGCGCCCUUUCGAAAGCUUUGUCCAUGGAAGAUCCCAUGGGUUCCUCCGUAAUGAAGUCGAUGAAGUACGAAGAUAGUCACCUCCCGUCGAUAACCUAUGCGGCCAACGCCGAGAACAUUUCACGGCUCCUCGAAGGAUGGAUGAUCAAGAAGAAGAAGGUAACUAGUGCUAGUACUACUAUCUCACCCAAGUCCAGUGACAAUUCUUCCACCUCGAGCCAGAUGAGCAUGAGCGCGUCCAACUGCAUCGUGUCUCCGCCAACACUGUUAGGCUUGGAGGAUUACGAGUCAGCACCGGAGGAAUCGCCGGAGGCGACUGCACAAGGGCCGUUCCAAAUGCUAGAAUCUUGGUUGUUUGAUGAAAGUGCUGAUGGAGAAGAACAGCAAGAGAGUUUCCUCUCCAUGGUGAUGGACGAAUUAUGAUUAAUGAGUUUGUGUAGAAUGUAAAUUAUUUUUUUUUAAAAAAAAACUAAUUAAUUAGAUUAAUUAUUAUUUUUGG